CUUUCCGCACGACCGGAAUGAUGAUAUCUGAACUCCACAUGUGUUGGAGCUGAAACUGGAAGUCCUACGUUUAUAUUUUAAAAUUAGAAAGAUCUUGUCCAGAUUAAAAAUAAUGUUCUGCAAGAGGGUUUUAAACUUUCCUGUGAACCAUUUGCUUAGCAGAGAUGACUCAUUCUCAGUUAUUUCCAUCCUUUUGAGUCUUAGAUCUCUAUUUUCAUAUGUUUAGUAAGAACUUUUUCAGAACAAAAAAUUUGAAAAGCUUAAGAACUUCAUCUAGUUCUUGAAAAUUGCUAAGAACACUAUCUUGAAUUAACUAAAAAUAUUAUGUCUCUUGAUACCCCCAGCAUUGUUUUUUUUUUUUUUGACUUGUCAGCUACCUUUUAUAGACUUCACUAAAGUAGUCCUGGGGAGUUUUCUUUACUAUUUCAUCCUAUUUGUUUUUGUAAAAAUAUCUCAGUUUCUAAGGCACUUUCCAAUGUCUAGAGAUGCAGCUCUUUGGACUGUGAAAAAUGAACGAGAAUAAAGGUAGAAGUCUUAUACUGCCAAUGACUUGUUCUCAAUUAGCCUUGAGGAAGGAACUAAUUAUAAACUCUAGAUCUUGGUGACUUUCGCUUAAUAGGACUACUUUUAUACUCUGUGUGACAGAGGACAGUUCAUCUAAAAUGUGUUAUUUAUCUAGCUGAGAAAGUACUCUGUGUACUUUGAAGCCUUGUAAUUUGAUAACUUGCUAAAAAAUUUAAUUUGGGGAAGCUUAUGUCCUUACCCUUGGAUAAGAGUUGCAAACAGUCUCAGGUGAUUGACACAUUGUAAAUUUCAUUAAUCUCGCCCUUUUUCUAGGGUUCAUUUUAAAUCUUGUUUUUCUCACAGCAAGUACUGUGAGAAAUGGCCAUUAGAACAAAGAAACAAAUUAGUUUUUAGAUGUUUAAAAUUGAUUAUUAAUUGGAUAACUCUUACCAUUUAUGUUAAAAAAUAUUAUUUUUCCUGUUUUAUUAUACCCAAGUAUUUACAAUGACUAUGUUUGGGAAAAUGUUUUUUGAAGUAGGCAAAUUCAAAUAUUAAGUGUGAUGAAUAUGAUUUUAACUCAGCAGUUGAAACUUACUUUAUAAAUGAUUUGCUGCAUUGAAAAUAUUUAAUUAAAAUAUUAGUUAUGUAAAAAUUACCAGUGGUCCAUUCAUAGUGAGACAUAUUUGGUAUGCCCUGAAUUAGAGGCAGACAGCCCUUCAUUCUGCUUUUGCUCUAAGGACUUGGUCACAGAGAAAUAGAGGAUCUUGGGAGGAAAUGGAUGGAGACUAGCAGGUGUUCGGAACUGCUUCGCUCACAUUUUGUAUCCUAGAAGCUCCCACCCACACUCAGUAGGCUAGGCGAUGGUAGCAGUGCUCCUCCUGCAAAUGUUCUCAGCUUAAGCCCUUCGUGUGUCCUAAUUAUCUCCUCCUAACUGCUGGGCCAUCUCUCCAGGGCCUCAUCACUCUUGAUAGCCUCUUCACAUUUGUUUCCAUCAAAAGUCACUUGCUCUCUGUUAGCCCGGUUCCCAUCCUCUUCCCAAGCUAUUCGUUCCUGCUCUAAUCCUGCCCUGUCAGCCCUCCCACUCAUUCUGCGAAGCCUCAGAUAACCAUUUGUAAUGUCUUCCAUGGCCUCAGUCUUGUCCUAGUUUCAUGGUGUAAUCUUUGGUUCUGCACCCAGGGCUUCUUUCUUACUAAGUAACAUCUGACAUAGCUCUUUUGUGACUUUCACCUCUUACACUGCCCACUGUGUCAACCUUUACCUGUCUUGCCUUUUAGUGCUUUGAAUAUAGAGUUCUUUACCUUUAAUUUGUUUGCUCUUUCUCUCUCAUCAAGCAAUAAUUUUCUUGCUUCUUGUAUGGCUAUCUCUAAUCAGUUUGGCUGGGGUUUUCUUACCUUAUUCUCUGUCAGUAUCUCCUGGUUAUUAUCUUCUCAGCAUCUUAUUUACAUGUGUAAUUGUAUAGUCACUUCUUCACUGAGUCUUCCUUUAAUUAUAUAAUGUACAUACUGUUUUGAAAUUAAGAUAUAGGAUGUCUCUUACACUGGAUUUCUUGAUUCCUUUUAGAAUUGUGAAAUGAUUUAUCUUUUGAUCAAUUAUAUCAUAGAUUUAAUAAAAUGCUGUAGCUUUUAAAGACAAGAUCUCACUCUGUAGCUCAGGAUAACUCAAUAGUUAACCCGGGCUGGCCUAGAACUCUCAGUGACCUUUCUCCUUCAGCCUUCUAAGGGCUUGAGAUUACUGGCAUGUAGUAGCAAAACAUGAUAUUUGAAAUGAUCUAGUUUUCCCAUUUGAUUUCAAGUUCCACAAGUUCGUUACUCACUGGAAAGUGCCCAUGCCUGCUAUAGUACAUUUCACCUAGUAGACACUGAACCUAAUGGAAAUGUUGGCCCAACCUCUACAGCUGCAUCAAUCAGUGUAUGAGUAUGAAUUGUUAAUAUGCCAAACAGUUGACUCAUUAUUUUGGGCGAUUGUUUUAUACUGAGGAGACCUUUAAAUUUAUGCUUUCUCAUUUAUGUAACUUGUUUCAUUAUAGGUACACAUAUGUUCUGGUUUAGGAGCACUCACCAUUUAUGAAAAUGCAUUCCAUAACUUUUGCCUGGUGUCAGCAAUUUCCUUUUAUUAGGGGGAGUAGGGAAGGUACCAAACAGCAGCAGGCUUUUAGACUUUAGGCAGGCGUGACUCUUGAACUUACUGUCUUAUUUCACUUCAUCCUCCAAGGCGUGCACUUACUUGGUGUGCCCACCUUUUAAGUGCAAGAACAACGGACAGGCAACAUGAGUGAUUGGAGUGCCUUACACCAGCUCCUAGAAAAGUUUCAACCUUAUUCCACAGCUGGAGGAAAGGUAUGGAUCAAGGUCCUUUUCAUUUUCCGCAUCCUGCUCCUGGGCACUGCUAUCGAGUCAGCCUGGAGUGAUGAGCAAUUUGAAUUCCAUUGCAACACUCAACAGCCUGGUUGUGAAAAUGUCUGCUAUGACCAAGCCUUCCCAAUCUCUCACGUGCGCCUCUGGGUCCUACAGGUCAUAUUCGUAUCUGUGCCUACACUCUUACACCUGGCACAUGUGUACUAUGUGAUUCGACAGAAUGAGAAGUUGAAGAAGCAAGAGGAGGAGGAACUUAAAGUUGCUCAUUUUAAUGGGGCCAGUGGGGAAAGGCGCUUGCAGAAAGAUACAGGAAAGCAUCUCAAGUGUGGCAGGAAAGAACAUGGUAACAGGAAAAUGAGAGGCACAUUGCUGCUAACCUACAUGGCCAGCAUCUUCUUCAAGUCUGUCUUCGAGGUGGUCUUCCUUCUGAUCCAGUGGUACCUUUAUGGAUUCACUCUGAGUGCCGUUUACAUCUGUGAACAGUCUCCUUGCCCACAUCGGGUGGACUGCUUCCUCUCUCGCCCCACAGAAAAAACCAUCUUCAUCCUCUUCAUGUUGGUGGUGUCAAUGGUGUCUUUUGUCUUGAAUAUCAUUGAGCUGUUCUAUGUCUUAUUUAAGGCUAUUAAGAAUCAUAUGGGAAAUAAGAAGGAGGAAGUUUACCGUAAUCCAGUUGAGCUACCAAAACCUUCCUGUGUCUCUUCGUCAGCUGUUCUCACCACCAUAUGUUCUAAUGAUCAGGUGGUCCCGGUGGGACUUUCUUCCCUCUAUAUUUAAAGAGAACAGAACCAUGUCAGUUACAGUGCAUAGUCUAAGGGGGAAGGGCAGGCAGGAAGUAUCCUUUCUGGCUUGUUCUGAGCCUUUUUUUCCCUCUGUGAUGAUAAACAGAAUUCUUAGAGGGUUUUAGGUAGACAGAAAAGCAAAGCAAGUGUACUGGACAUUAACAUUCUAGAACUAUCUAACAGAAGCAAUGACUGAGCUAACAGCAGCCUGAUAACCUAGACUUUGUGAUUUAUGCUUGAAAACAUUGUGGAAGUAAAUUA